UCCCCGGUGGCGCAGAGCGUCUAUAGAGUCAUUCCGCUGGUAUAGGCGGGGGCGCGCCCUGUGCCCGUGAUAUUAAUAUGUGCUUUUCCGCUAUUUCAGUGCUUGAAAACAACUCGCUAGUAUCUGGUCUUGUUUGCCGCGUGUCUUCUUCGGCGUUGCAAACAGCUGACGGCAACUUAUCGGGUUUAUCUUGAAUAAGACUGAAGUCAUUCAUAAUGUCUCGUCGAAAGCAGGCGAAGCCCAGAUCUCUGAAAGGUCAUGAUGACAGGUUAAAUGUUAUGGAUGACAGCAUUAAUGCCGGGAAGAAGCAUUGCUCCUGGGAGGAGAGAAAAGAGAAGAAAAGACAUGUGCGAGAAAAAGAUGAAGCAAAGCCAAAUCCUGGGAAAGAUGCACUUUGUGCUUUCUCUGAUCGCUCUUCCCAUGAUCCUGAAGAUGGAUGUGAUCUUGGAUUUAAAGGAGAAGAUCUGCCUAAAUGCAAAUGUAAAGAUCAGAUUCAUAAUCAGUGUAAGAGGGCCAGUUCGGCUCCUAUCAAUAUAUCCAAAACAUAUAUCGGAAGUGAAACCACCGCAACCAACAAGCAAGACUUCGGUGAUCAAUAUAAAUAUGUUAACGCUAUGUCUUCUCAGCACCUCGCUGUUUUAGACGAUAUCCAGUGUAGCAUGGGAGACUUUGAAGAAAAGAAAUGUCUUGCAAAAGAUCUAGACAGUCUGUCCGCCUGUUCUUCACAAUCCACAACACAUUCCAGCUCCUCCAGUCCAGCCACACCAACAACAGAAUUAACAUUUCAACCAAUGGCUCCUUGCGGAGAGAAGAGAAAGCCCACAUUUGAUCCAAACAAUGGAAUCGAAUUUUCCAAAAAGCUUAAGGUUUUUAAUAACUUUAUUAACACAGACCGCAGAGUGCAUCAACAAACCCAACAUAUGGACAAAGAGAGCUUGACAUUUCCAUCUGAACUUAAGGAACACCAAAAUGAUGCCAAUGUGAUGCUGGGUCACUCCGUGCUGUUAGAAGCAGCCAUCACAGCGGCAGUUCAGACCGUCCUACGGUGUAGCUUUUGUCCCACGUCUUUAAAGGAUCUGAAAGCCCUUCAAGAGCACAUUCGGCAGUCACACCGCUCAACCGUGAUCGAGAGCAAUGUCUUCUUCUGCUCACAUUGCUUCAGAGGGUUUCUGACGAAGGACACGCUGGAUAAACACGUGCAGCAGACACAUUGUAAAAACCAAAGGUUGGCACCCGAUCCAGAUCUCCUUGAAGGAAAGGCUUUGCUCUUUUGUCCGUACUGCGCACAUCUACCUGCAUUUGAAAGUAAACUGAAACUAAUGCAGCAUGUCAAAAAGAUGCACAAGAAUGUGAAUCUUCAAGAGGAGAUGGCGCUGGGUAUGACUUCGCCCAAGACAAAUAAGAGUGAAAAAAUUGCAACUGAUUUUAUAUGCGAUCAUUGUGGGGCGAAAUACACCAGUUUGGAUCUGUUUCAGACUCACUUGAGUUCGCACUUACCAAAACUCACUUGUGCGGACUGUUUCAAAGAUUUCCCAAACCAGGAAUUAUUGAAUGAACAUCAAGUGUCUCAUUUUAGCCAUACAUCGAAUCUUUACACGUGCGAGAGCUGCAGUAAAUCCUUUACCGGUGUCAAAGAUUUACACGGGCACCUAUUAGAGAUGCACACGCUUGCGCUUUACCGCUGUUCCAUCUGCCAGCAGGUAUUCAGCUCUAAAGUGUCAAUUCAGAUUCACCUGGCAUCCAAGCACAGCAACAAGAGAACGACGUUUCACUGUACGUCCUGCGAAUGGGACUUCGAGCACGAGCGUGACUUGCACCUGCACGUCAAACAGACACAUCUAGACAAACAGCGUAAGCUUUACUGCUGCAUCUUCUGCACUGAGACGUUCAACACCGACAUUGAGCUACAGUGCCACAUCACCACACAUAGCGACUGUACCAACACCAGCUCUCCCCUCGAGGUGCCCUUACACGAAAAGCUCCGUGCCAAGAGUCGGAGCACCGAAGGUAGCAACGUGACCCCUCCACCUGUCUCCCAACCGGUUGCCAAGGACGGCCUUGGAACGCUGCCAGCGGAUAAUGAAAUAAGAGAUGGUGCGGUGGAGUCACGGUUUAGCCCUCCCGCCGAAAGCAAAGGGAAGGUGAAUAUGAACGAUCCGAUGUUCGCCUGCGAAAUCUGCGGCGCUUCGUACACCAUGCAGAACCUGCUCGCUAACCACCAGCUGCGAGAUCACCGCAUCCAACCCGGUGAGAGCGGCACCGUCAAACGCAAAGUGGAGGCGAUCCAAGGGAGCCACAAAUGCAAAGACUGUUCCAAGACCUUCUUCACAGAGAUGGCACUGUGGGAGCACGUCCAGACUCAUCUAGGGCCCACCAAGCACUGCCAAUGCCCCAUAUGUGGAGAGCGCUUCCCUUCGUUGCUAACUCUGACUGAACACAAGGUCACCCACAGCAGGAGCCUGGACACAGGCAACUGCCGCAUCUGCAAGCUUCCUCUUCGCAGCGAGGAAGACUUCCUGGAUCACUGUCAGAGACACCCCGACCUGCACAACUCGCUGACGGGCUUCCGAUGCGUAGUGUGCAUGCAGACUGUCACCUCCACUAUCGAACUGAAAAUUCACGGCACUUUUCACAUGCAGAAGGUCCAGGUUGACGCUUUGACAGACGGCUCAGAUUUAAAUCCUGACCUUAAAAUGUCCUCAAGCGUCACUCAGCGGGAAACGUUGAACUUGAGUACGUUUGAAUACAGAUUUAGAGACAAUAAGACUACUAACGUGUCUGUAGUCAACUGUUGUUCGGCUACGGCUCUCGAUCCGAAGGAGAGAACCAAUAAGAACUCACUCACCCAGACCACAACAGUUUGAGUCCUAAAUAUUUAUCGACAAAUGUGACCCUUAUAAUGUAAGGAUGAGAUUAAGAGCAUCAAAGUUUGAUUUCAAGUAUUCAGUAUUAAAGAUAUCAAGGUUAUAUUUUCUCAUAAUGAUUUUAAACAGAGUAAAGUGACCCUGCCACAGGAGUCAUUUACUAUGUACUCUGAUGUUUUCUAGUGUAGCUGUUUUUAAUUGUACACUUUAAGAUGUAGUAAAGCCAUACAUGUGUGAAGAGAUCAAAACAGACAAGAUUUCGGAGUAACUGUGUUUUUCCCCUCCCGGUUAUUAAAGCUGUUUUUUAUUUCGAAGCAUUCAGCAAAUGACUAAUUCUCCCCAGCGCAAAGCUAAUCUUUAUUGGACACGUUCUGAACUUUUUCCGAGAGAGAUUUACUGCCAGAUUUGGAUUCUUUCCUCUCUCUCGUCAAGUUUUAAGAUAAAUCCUUGCGUUAAGAAAUGGAGCUGGAUCUGCGGUGGAUCUUGGUUAUGCAGACAGUAAUGAGUUGUUGCUGAUGACUGAGCUGAAGAUGCACCGAGGGGCAGGAAAGAGGAUGAAAUGUGGGCACAGGGACUUGAUGUUCAGAGGGAAAAAGUCAUUAACUUCUGUCUUCUAUCUAAUUGAAAUCUGAGCAGACCUCUCCGUAAACUUUAUGGAUUAGAUGUGGAGCAUUUGGACAGUGACAUCUGAUGCUGUAUAAACAAAAUGUUACUAUGUGUCUGAG